CUUCAACUCUUCAACUCUUCAACUUGGAUCCCGUCCCAUCCCGCCUCGAGGGAGCUUGACCGCCCGAGGACAUCUACCUACCUAUAACCCGACAACCAAAGACAAGGGACGGAACUGGGACCAACGGACUUUGCAGAGAAUCCAACAACGACUUCAGACCGUACGAACGAUUCGCGAUACGUGCGCCGCCGAUCCGAUCUACGGACUUUGAUACUUGACACGCGGGGCACAUCAGACCAUACGGCCGGACGAAAGAGGACGGCGACGGUACUAUGAACCGACUAUAACCACCACUUGGCUCAACUUUAUAUACAGUAGUCAACACAGGUAGCAACCAUGGACGACUAUCCGCGCGGCAGCUUGGACCACAACAUCCCCUUCCUCCUCACCCUCGGCGUUUCCCCUCCCAACUCUAGCUCAGCCCACAACCCCGAACUUAGCAAGACUCUCAAGGACCAAGCCAUCGAGGUCCGAUCCGACCUUCCUGCUCUCGAUCUACCUCCCGCCCAAGCUUUACUACACUACAUCCAAGAGCGGGAUGCCUCGAACCUACCAUGCAUCGCAUACGAGCACCAGCUUCGUUACCGCUUCCGGGUCAAGUCAGCAGAAAGGUCCUUCCUGCUCCCUCCCCGCCGCGCCCGCUUGCCUGAAGGGAUAGAAGCACCUCCCGGUGCCGUCCUACACUCCCCCUUCUCGCCUCUGACUCCGAUAUCCCCCCUGUACCCCGACGGUCUAAUCGAUGCACAAUGGAUACUGAAGCACCAGGAACUGAUCCCCAGUGUCGUGCUCUGCUUCUACAACCUCGUCUCCGACCCAAACCAGUCCACCCUAAGCGAUAACCAGAUCAAGUCCGACGUGAACAAGCUGAGGAACCUCAUAAUCCAGUCGGGAUACAAGAUCAAGCUGGCUAUUGUGCUUCUGUCCGACUCUGCUGGCGACCACACCGACUACCUCCACCUCCAAGAUCGCAUCGAGAUUAUUCGCAGGGGCUGUGCACUUGACCCCAAGUCGGUCUUCCUCAUGCCCCCCAACGAGACCCACGAGGACCUUGCGCGCAUGGCUGAGAACAUGUUGAUCACAUUAUACGGUGCUUCAAUGGAGUAUUACAAGGAACUGGGUAGACAUUCUCGUAAGAAGAGAGGAAGGGGAGUUGCUCCACCGCCAACCGUGCCACCAACAACAGGCACUUCCCAAACGCUUUCGCUGGCAGGAUGGAAUGUCCGUUAUGACUUCAAGUCAGCUAUACUGGCCGAAUACCGUCUGGAAAUGGAGAAUGCUCUGCGUUCCUACGAACAAGCAUACGAAAACCUACUAAGCUCCGAGGUUGUCGAACUAAUACCAAGCUGGAGUCCUCGCUGGAACGAGGCUCGGCUUCUUGCUGACGUGAUAGCCAUCCGUUCCAUUCGCUGCCUGUUAUGGAACGCUCAGAAUAGCGCGGCCGUUCGCCGGUGGCAAUUUCACCGCGAAAGGAUGGCGGACCUUGUCGAGCGCCUUGGAAGAGGCACCAGUAACUAUGGGUGGGAGGCCUGGGAAGCGCGUUGGGCAAUCGUUAUGGCGAACUUGAUGGAGAAGGCAGGCAUCCCAGAGCUUGACCCUGCUGAACUGCGACUCUACCUCAACCCAGAGAAGAAUAUUAUGGGGGAACGACUACAACCAUGGGAGUUCCUCCACCAUACAGGUUAUUGGUACCGUCUGGCUUCCAGGCACUUGUAUGCCCGGAGAGCCCGAGCUCGUGCUAUGCCUGAAGACGAUAGGAGACCACCAGGCUCUUCUCCGGCUUCUCACCUUGCGAGCAGAGGCUUCACAUAUGACACUUUCAUGUGCCCGGAACCCCAUGAGGAGUUUCCGCUGGAGCAUAUGACCUAUCAAGGUGUUGACCAUAACGGCAUGAUUAUCGACUGCCUGUCACGAGCACUUCACGAGUUUUUGCAGAGGGAUCAAGCACGGCUGGCUGCUGAGUUGUCUCUAGAGUUAGCCAGGGAACUAGGUCUCAGGCAGGAAUGGGCCAAGAUUGUCGAGUUACUUCGGCCUAUAUGGCAAAACAUGUCCUUCAGGAAGGAACGCUGGCCAACAUUGGCCGAGGAAGUUAGCUGGGCUUUAAGGGCAGCCGCUUCGAAGACUGGUGAACUUGGCGAUGUGGUCACCAUUGACUGGGAAUUGCUGGAUCGAGGCUUCACGAAACGCAAAAACUGGCAAUAUGACAUAACCAAGUCCCUACAACUGAUAACGCCGGAUCCUAAGCCGCUUAUCAAUAUCGCAGAUGGCCAAAUCAUCUCGCCUAUUUCAGCUACCUUUGUUUUCAGAGACGAGGAAGGGAAGGCCGGCCAGACCACCCGUGCCCAGCUGUGCCUCCGUUCCAACGCUCAUGCCGAAUCCGCUCCCAUACCAUUCAGCAGGAUCGAGGUCAGGUUCAAUGGCAGCAUCAACACUGUCGUACUGAAACAUCAAGUCGAAGAAGAUAGCAAGCGACAAAAGCACGGUAACAUUGUUCUCUGUCCGGUAUCCCUUGAGGAUGUCACCCCAAGCGAAAAAGAGCCGACGACAGAAGACUCGACCGAAGAUGAGAGAGGAACUGAGUUACAAGGCACCACCGACCUGGCCCUCUCACCUGGUCAGACUCUCGUCUUCGUUCUGGACAUACCCCUCCGUGAACAAGGCGAAGUAACCGCUCUCUCGCUCACCGCAUCACUAGAGACCGAAUCCUUUGACCUCCAUCAGUCUCUUAAACUCCGGGAUAUGCCCAACAUGACCCAUAUUUGGUAUCCAACACCCUCAUCCAGGAAGCGCAUCACACGGCCAGUCAGCCCGCUGUCCCUCCGAAUCCUUCCAAGGCCCCCCAAGAUGGAAAUCAAUGGCGAAAUCAAGGAGCAGUACUACACCAACGAGGCAAUAACACUAGACUUUGACAUUUACAACGCCGAAGAUGUCGAGGCUCCCUCCAAGUUCGAUGCGCUCUUAUUCUGCGAUGAGGAUGAAGCGUCAUUGACUGCUCCGGCAUUCAUAGUGGAAAUCGUGUCAGGAGAAUCAAAAGAAGAGAGCAAGAGAUCAUCAACAAGCAGUUCAUCCGGCCGCGAAUCGAAAGUCUCCUCUUACCUCCUAGGCGACAUCCAACCAAGUGGCACCGCCACCGUCCGCCUACAAUUUCCUCCCAUCGAGCGACCCAGCCGCUACGAGUUGAAUCUGCGCGUGGUCUACCGCCUCCCAACCAACCCAGGAACGACCAUCAUCCAGACAGCUGUCUACCAACUUAACGUCCUCAACCCCUUCGAAUCCAACUAUGAGCUCCUGCCGCGGGUCCACCCCGACCAGUGGCCUUCUUUCUUCGAUGCCGAAGGCAUCCAACCACUUUCCCUUCCUUCUCAAGAGGACAACGACACGGUAGUAUCAUACAAAGGCCUCACCCAAUCCUGGUCUCUCCUAACCAGAUAUGCCUCCUUCGCCUCCGAAGAUCUCAAGGUAGUCGACGUAGACAUCAAAGUCCUCCGACAACCCAGCCAGGAACCCAACACUCCGCCACCAAUGACCUGCCUGAUCACUCGCCACGGCGAAAAAUCCCUCCCCGAAAAAGGACAACUAAUGGAGCCGCACACGAUCGAGACCACAUCCUUCGAUAUCGUAGCGCAAAAGAUCAGUCUCGACGAUCGCGGUCCGGCACCGCUAGACUUGGCUAUGGUCAUCAGAUGGAAACGGGUUCCCUCUUCAGAAACAGAAGAAGAAACAAUAAACACCACAACCCUCCCAGUCCCGCGCUUCUCCCUCUUCGGCAUCGAGCCGCGCGUGCUCGCCCAAGUCAACUACCUCGACACCCCCGACUCUUUUACUCCAUUGAUCCUCCUCCGAGUCAUCAUCGAGAACGCAUCCAACCACUUCUUGACGUUCGGCGUGUCGAUGGACACCUCAGAGGAGUUCGCCUUCUCGGGACCAAAGUUGUCGGCGGUGUCGGUGUUGCCGGUUAGUAGACGGGAGGUGGAGUACAGGAUUUUACCUACGGGGUUGGGACCAGCAGCGGGUGGGACGGAAGAGAGCAGAGGCGAGGGGGGGAUUGGUGAGAGUGACAAGGAGAAGAGAGGUGAAAAGGGUUACUGGCUCAAACCGGGCUUGACUGUGAGAGAUAAGUACUUCCAGAAGGUGUUGAGGGUGAUUCCGGCGUCUGAAGGGGUGAGGGUGGAUGCGAAGGAGGGAGGGUUUUUGGUUUGGGUUCCUACUGGUGAGGGUGGUGAAGGUGAUGAUGAAUGAGGAGACUGUGAGGGCUGGACAUGUUGAGUGGAUGGGGAGUAUGAAGCGAUAUAUUUAUAUUGUACUUGUAAUACGGGACUGUUCCGUUCUGUUUUGGGUAUGAGUGAACAGGUCAGGUAAUGCAACUGAUGAUUAUAUCCUCCCUUGUCUG